UAGACACUGAUUUCCUCCUAGGAUAUUCUACACCUUAUUGUGUGAGACUCAAAUGGCAGAACAGAUGUUCCUUGGACUUCCCAGCAUCUUGUCAAGUGCACGUUGUCCUGAUCCAAAACUCUGGAAAGUACUUUCCUAAGCAUUUUAUGCCACUUGGGGAGAAAGUAGGCUAACAAUAACCACAGAGUCAGAGAAUCCUAGAAAGGAUUGGUCCCCAAGGGCAGGGCACCAGGCCUGUUUGCAUGACAGAAGCUCCUGAGAUGCUGCCUUACCUUAAGUCUAUACACCAAUAUGUUUGAGAAAUUUCCCAGAUGUUUGUUAAUAGCUAGUUUACCCCUUGCAAAUAAAGAUCAAGUCCCUCAAUUACUUGUGCAUAGUAUGACUUCCAGAUAUUUGUUAAUAAAAUCUACAAGUGAAGUUGCCCAAGAAGCCAUCAAGUCAAAAGCUGGUUGGCAACAGUGCAAGAAUGGAGCUCAAGUCAGUCUUCUUUUGCCUGGUCAGGGCCCAAGUACAUGGCCCCAGCUGCCUCCACCCUUCCAGCUCUCAGGAUCACAGCCUUGCAUUGGUGGAAUUAUUUUCUUUUAAGGCUCACCUUUUUUUGCCCUUCCAUAACUUACCUUUUUUUCUCCUUCUUUUGUUUUGAGAUAAAAUCUGGUUUGGAGAUUAUACAUGGUGAAAGAAACAUUGAUACCAAGAACUUGACAAGGAUGAAAGUGGACAAGUCAAUUAUUCACCCUUAUUUUGACAGCUGGUUCUUGGAUAAUGACAUUGCUUUGCUCUUACUCAAAUCUCCAUUUAAAUUGGGUGUCAAGGAAGUACCCAUCUGCCUGUCAGAGGUUAAUGACAUACAGAAAUGGAGAAACUGCUGGGUGACUGGAUGGGGCAUUACCAUUCCUAUGCAAGAUAUGACUUCACGGCUGCAAAAAGUCAACAUCAAGCUGGUCAAAUGGGAAACAUGCUCCCAUAAGGUGCCUAUACUCACCAGGAACAUGCUGUGUGCUGGGAGCCCUCAAGGUGGGAAGGACACCUGCCAGGGAGACAGUGGGAGUCCUCUGGUUUGCCAGAAAAACAACCACCAAAGCAUAUGGUACCAACUAGGCAUUGUCAGCUGGGGAGUGGGCUGUGGCCAGAAGAAACUGCCUGGAGUGUACACGAAGGUGUCUAAUUAUCUGUCAUGGAUUGACACAGAGACCGCGACGUCAGGAAAGCCCUAUGUGCAUGAGCCAGACUCCGGGUACAGUUUGCUUCUCUCACCUUGGGCCAUCUUGUUACUGUAUAUUGUGAUACUUCUAUUACCCUGUGAUUAAACACUGUAUUGCCUCAAAACCAAGUGUCCUCAGGGCACUUGGGUGGCUCAGUUUCUUAAACGUCUGACUCUUGAUUUUGGCUCAGGUCAUGAUCUCACAUUUUGUGAGUUU